GCGUCUGUGUGAGGAGAAUCAUUCCACUGGAACUACAGCAAUGGAAAUGAGCACGAAGGUCUUCAUUCUCCUGGGUCUGGCAGCCUUUGCUGCCGCAGGCAGCUUUGAGUCCUAUGAAUACCGACCACCAAGGCAUUCCUCUGAGGAAUCCUACGAGUCGGGUGAGGCCAAGUACAGCUUCAACUGGGUCGUGAGUGACGAUUCUUCAAGCAACGAGUUCGGACACCAGGAGGCCCGUGACGGCGACCACACUCAGGGAUCCUACUACGUGCAGCUUCCCGACGGCCGCCUGCAGACCGUCAAGUACUUCGUGGACGGCGACUCCGGCUACGUGGCCGAAGUCAGCUACGAGGGCGACGUCUCCUACGAAUCUGCUUCCUUUGAAUCCCGAGAGUACAGGCCUCCCAGACCUCGCUAUUUCUACGACUCCAACGAAUCUAAAUAAAUUCCUGUCGAUGAGUACUUAUAAUGACUGCAUCCUAUAUUCUUCAAACAUUAUUUAUAUACACUAAUAAAAUAAGCAUGCGAAU